AUAAGGCUGUAGUUUGGUGGCUUUGCAGAGAUCAGAGGCACAUAAAGUGAAAUGCUCAGUAAAUAAAGUCUGGAGGGUGUUACAUGAAAAAUAGUGUUAGGUUGUAGAAGAUAUAGGUUCUGUGGUUUAUUUUUCUUCCACUUGUAUCAAAUGCAAGUUGGUAAUGCACUCUUUGCAGAUGUUGGGAAAGAAGUUGCUGAAAGUAAUUCAGGUUCUGCAAGCACUGAGAGAUCUGUUGCUGGGAGUCCUCUCUUGAAUGAUGAUGCUUCACAAAACGUGGUAGAUUUGGAAAACGAAGCUGCUGAUGACUUGAAUUUAUCCUUUCAUGAAAAGAGGCUUCAGCAGAUAAUGGUUUUAGAAGGUGAAAGCAUACAGAAUGACAGAAAACAUGAUGAAGAAGGAUGUGUGGAAGAUCAAAAUGAGGAUAAUGACAGAAAAAAUAAUGAAGUACUGCAUGAUAAUAGUGAAAGUAAUGACUUGCCUAUUAAUGAGCUACAUAAAAAGAGAAAUCAAGAGGAAAACCAACUAAAAGCAAAGCCUCGGAUGCACAAAAAAGGAAAUGGUUCAGCAUCAGAUCAAGAUCAGAAGAAGACUGGCAACACCAGUGAGUUGAAACUGGAGGACAAUGGUAGGCAAUCCCCUUCUGUUGACAGUUCAGAUGGAAUGAUGAAAAUAGCAGAAGGGCAAAUAAUAACUGAUAAAAUGCAGGAGGUAUCAGUGAAUGAUCAGUCUGAGCAUGGAGAGGCAAAGAACACAUCCAAGAGCUCUGUCAAGAAACUAAGUGAAACAAAGGAGAGAGUUCUAGAAAACCCAAAGGCUUCUUUAUCUGACAGGUCUACAACUUUUGCACAUUUAAAGAGAAAGGGGAAAACUGUUCCAUCAACUUCACCUGUUUCAUCUCAUUAUCUGGGAUCAUUAAAGGUGUUGGAGGAUAAACGCAUGCAGAUGAAAAGUCCAGAAUUCAACAAAGUAGAUAAUUUAAGGGCAGCUGUUUAUCAGAACUGGUUGGAAAAGAAAAAUCUCCUUCUGCUGGAAUUAAAGAGAAGUGAAAAGGAGAAAGCUGAAAUUCUUAGGAACAAUACUGAAAAGGCAUUCAAAAAAUGGCAAGAAAGAAAAGUGGAAUAUUUAAGAGAGCAAAGCAGGAAGGAAAAACAGUCUGAAAGAAUGAGGAAGAAGAUAGAAGAGGACCUAGUUGCAGAGAAGAGUAAAGUCAGUGUAUCAGCAGUUGAAAAAUGGUACUUCUCCACUGUGUUUGUCAUAUCAGAGCUUCCAAAAUCAUUGCUUAUAAACGUAACAGGUCUUCUGUGA